GAUGCAAUGUCAAGGCCGACUAAGACGUUCAGGAUUUCAGGAUAUAGAAGUUGUGAGUUUUUCUAAGCGAAGCUGAGGUGUUUACAGGUCAUUUGAGAAGAAAAUUAGCGUUAUGGCUGCUAUAAGGAAGAAGCUUGUAAUUGUUGGCGAUGGUGCUUGUGGUAAAACGUGUCUUUUGAUUGUAUUCAGCAAGGAUCAGUUCCCAGAAGUUUACGUACCUACUGUUUUCGAAAACUAUGUGGCAGACAUAGAAGUGGAUGGAAAACAAGUUGAACUGGCUUUGUGGGACACGGCAGGUCAAGAGGAUUACGAUAGAUUACGACCACUUUCGUACCCAGAUACUGAUGUUAUCCUAAUGUGUUUCUCCAUCGACUCCCCAGACUCCUUGGAAAACAUUCCUGAAAAGUGGACCCCCGAAGUCAAGCAUUUUUGUCCCAACGUCCCAAUAAUUCUGGUUGGAAACAAGAAGGAUUUGCGAAAUGACCCAAACACCAUCAAGGAACUGGGGAAAAUGAAACAGGAACCUGUGAAACCAGCAGAAGGUAGGGCAAUGGCAGAAAAAAUUAAUGCCUUCGCAUACUUGGAAUGUUCAGCAAAAAGCAAAGAAGGAGUACGGGAAGUAUUCGAAACUGCAACCAGGGCUGCCCUUCAAGUGAAAAAGAAGAAGAAUAGCCGGUGUAGGCUGUUUUAAUAUAUUUGGAAUCCAAUAAUAAAGAGUGCAGAGCACAUCACUGGUUAUUGUAGGGGAUCAUCUUUAAUUCCUUCGUAUGGACAAUGAUUGUAAUGGCACUGCAUUGAAAGGAGGACAGUUUUUAUUCUAUAUGGGGUACAUCAACGUUGAAUUGCGUUUAAUAAUGUGUGCACAUUUGUUCAACCAAAGUGCUGUUCAGGUCAUCUAUUGUAAGUUAUGCCAAUACUGAUUAUAUUAGUCGCUAGUCUAAAGAAAAUUAUUUACUAAACAUUCAGGAAGAGAUCAUGAAAUAGCUGAUAGGUACACUGUUACUAAUAAAUAUUGGCAACUAAUGUAAUGGAAUAUCAACUAAAGUAUUUUGUCUUUGUGUACUUCAUGUUGUAGGAAAAACUUGCUGGUGACAGUACCAUAAAUUUGGUGGUUGCACUGUUAAGUUUGUUUUGCUUAGAAUUAGUGACUAGGUUGACCUCAUACUGUAUUGCCCAGUGGACAUGAUAAGAAGAGAAAUUUUAUACUUAACAAAAACAUUGUGAUUUGAAGUAAACUUUUGUGAUUACACAUGCAUAGAAUGUGGAACUGAAGUGACUUUAUGUGCACCUCUUAAUAGCCUCUUGUACUUUAUACAUCUUUCACAUAACAAUCCUGUAGGUAGCAUUGGAUUUCCAUAAAUGUCAUGUGUUGAAAUUGGAAUGUUAUAAAUAUCGUCAAAGAUUGGAGAGAAAUGUUUGAAUGCCUUUAGUUGAGAUAAAUCAAUUCACAUUACCAAUCCUUCCAUUAUAUGCAAGAAAAAAUGCAAGUGUUUCCAACUUUGUAACAUUGAAAUAACUAAUUGGGAGAGGAAAUAAAAUCGAAAUAACAUAA